AAGCUUCUCCUGUACUCUUCCUUUCACUCUCUUUCAUAAGCUAAAAAACGACGUCGUACGUGCUUCUUCCUCGGGCUCAAGAUUUGGUAGAUGGAUGGGAAUUUGCAGAAGUCACCACAAUUAGGGUCUACUGAUGACAGCAUGGAGUUCAAGUAUAUAUCAGGGCUCAGUACUAUUCUGGUUGCCACAAUUCAGGAAGCUAAAGAUAGGAUUUCCCAGAUUGAAUAUGUAUUUUGCAGUCAAAUUUAUCCGCAUUUUCAGGCAAAAUCUAAGACCCUUCAGAGGUUGUAUUCUGAAGCCAGAGAAUCUGCGGAAAAUGCUUGCAAAGAGAGAGAAAAAGAUCUGCUACUUCAAAUUGGAAAGCUUCAGCUCGAAAAGCAACAGUUUUGUGCUGAAAUCAGCUCUCUGAAGUUGGAGAGGGAAGAAUUUGCUAGUAUUGGCUUGUCUCCAGAUAGUAUUCGCAGUCUCCAAGAAGACCUGCAACAGAAGACUAAAGAAGUAGGCGCAUUGCAGGUAGAAGUGAAACAGUGGCAUGAUAUGUAUAAUGUCGCAGAGAAGCUGGUGGAAGACAGAGACAAGGAGCUGAAAGAACUUGAUGACAAACAUUGGAAGCUAUUUACAGAGCACACAUAUCUGGAGAGGGAAGUCAAGGGAUUGAAAUCAGAGCUAGCAAACAAGACUAGGGAAUUUGAUGCUGCAAUGGGAUUACAGCUUACACUUCUCCAAAUGGUUCGAUCAAAUACUUCCCUAAUGAUGGAUAAAGAAGAGGAACAGUUGACAGAUCACCAAGGAGAUGCAGAUUUAAUUAUUAGAAGAUUUGGGAUUAUGAAUGGGAAGAUUGACGAGCUUCAGGAGGAACUGAGAAAAAAGAAUGAGGAAAUUGAAAAGGGAAGAAAAGUGCGGGAGAAUCUCCUGAAAAAGGUCGAAUCACAGGCCUCGGAAAUAAUGGAGCAUGAGCAGCAAUUGAACGAAUAUGAGAAGGAGAAAAGGCUACUCGCCACAAGACUAGUAAAUUUACAGAAUGAUAUAAAUUUUCUAGAGAAGGAGAUAGGAAAGAAAAAUGAUGAAGUGGAAGAAGGAAGAAUUUUGCAAGAACAGCUGAUGCAGCAGAUUGAUUCAUACAAUUUUGAAAAGUUGAAAAUACAGAAGGAUUUUGAAGAGCUUGUGAAGGAGAAGCGACAGCUUCUGGAGAAACUAGGAAGAGGCCCAGAAGAGAAGGUUGAUAUGCAUCAACCCAAUCUGCAAGAGGGAAGCCAGGGGUCCUCAGAAGAAAUGGAAUUACACGGGAAGUUACUUCAGCAGAUUGAAGCAAAAGACUCCCAGUUAAUGUCUGAAAAGCAGAAACGAAAGGAAGUCAUUGUUGCUUAUAAGAAUCUCAAAUCUCAGUACAACUUUUUGUGUUCAAAGUAUGGUCUUACUACAGAAAAUGCGCUGCCCCAAAAUAGAAUGGAAGAUCAGAGUGACACCUUGGGGCUGAAUCAUAGCCCAUUAACUUCGGUUGAUGUCAACAAAGGUCCAAAUGCCUCUGGUGUUAGUGGUGAAGCAGAAAGAAGGAAAGGUGAGGGAGAAGAGUUGAAGAAUGACAAGGAAGUCCAGUUAAAUCAAAGAUCAAACUCUGUCUCCCCUUCUAGGUCAAGAACUUCUAUCCAACCAAAAACCUUUGCCAGUGUAAAAUCUUGCCCACCAGCUGGAACAAAACGUCCUGUGUCUUAUUGGAGAAAUACGAGGUCUAACCAGAGUAAACUUGGACCUGAUCUCCAUGAUGAUUUUCUUGAUACCCCCUUGGAGAAAAUUAGAGGAGACUUAGGCAAUGCCAUUAAGGAUCAAAUUUGUAAUCCUCCACAACCAGCUCAAAAAGACAUAGAAUUCAACAGCUCUGAUGACGAGACAGAAGACAUGAAUGUUGACCGUGAAAAGUGUCAAACCUCACCUCGGAGGCCUGGAACAUCAAAUUUCAAGUUUGUGGAACCAGUAAGAAAGAAAACUGUGAGGGAAAACCUGAAAGGAAUUGAAUGCAAGCAAUGCAAAAAGUUCUAUGAUGCUGUUCUUCCCAAUGAAUGUAAGGAGGGGAAUGGCAAUGGACAAAACAUGCGGUGUGAGCAUCAUGAUGGAGUUUCAAGACAUCGUUACAGCAGAUGAAUUUAGUUGUAAACUCGGGGGCUGCUGUGCGGGACAAAUCCUCCUCCUCCGGCUCUACCAGGUGGCUUUGGGAUGUAAUCAAUUGGUGGGCUGAGCAGAGAGUAAUAUGGCAUUGAAGGCGGUGGCGGGCUUGGAACAAAUACAGAUGGAUUGUGAUUCAAGGGAGCUCAACGGAAUGGAAUGAAAAGAAUGGAAAGUGAUUUCAGCCAUAGAGAUCCACUAACUGCGACCGCCUCAAAGUUUCAAUGGAUAGUUUAAAGGAUCUGGCAAAAGCAUCAAAAGACUCUUUUGCGCUGUUGGCAUUUUGCAAUCUUUCUGGGUGAGAGAACAAGAAACAAGAAUCCAUUUUUCACAAAACCAGCAAACAAAAAAAAAAAAAAACGUACAGAUGGUAGAGGGAGAAAAGGAAGCCAGGAAAGUUUCUCUGCUUUUUCUUCCAAAAUUCUCUCUGCCAUUGGAAAGCUUUUUGAGUACUUUUUCUGCUUCUAAAUUUGUACUUUCUUUCUACGUAGCACUGGAAAAAAAAGUCCUCUUUUUUUUAAAGUAUUUCUUGCAAAACCGUUUCCUUCUUUUUUUGAGCUCUUUUGCGGAAUAGUUAAGGUUUCUGUUAGCAAUUGGAUCGGGUCAGGCUAAUUUCCCGGGGCUGGACUAGUGCAAUUCGGAACUUGGAAAUGGACUCAAUGGAGGCAACUUCAGCUUCAGCUUCUGCUUCUGCUGUAGCUGCGACUCUAGGUUCGGAUAAUGGUUUGGGAGGGCUGUUAUCGGCUGUGAUGCCAGCGGACAUGGGCUCGAUUGAGGUGGAUGCGGUGACGGAGGCCGAGUUGAAGGAGAAUUUGUUUUCAGUUGAAUGGUGGCUGUGGUAAUUGGUAGCUGUUCUACUGUUGUCGAAGGAAAAAAUGGAGAUUUGGAGAAGAUGAUAAGUUUUGAAACAAGGUUAAUAUAGGAAUUUCAUAUUUUCCGUCAAAUUAGACGAUUUCCGUUCAAUGCCCAAAUUAGUCCAAACUAUGAUGGGGUACUUUGGGGGUUUUUAAACAAUGAGGAAGUUUUAUGAUAAUAACCUAAACCACAAAUUAGUCCAAACUAUGAUGGGGUACUUUGGAGGUUUUUAAACAAUGAGGAAGUUUUAUGAUAAUAACCUAAACCACAAGGGAGUUUAGUGUAUUUUAUAUUGAUUCUCGUACAGAAGUUCGCACGCAUUUUACACUUGCAUGCAACCGAUGCACUCUUAUAAACAAUGCACAAUUGAGAUUACAUACUUUAAAAAAAAAAAAA